AACAAUCUUUUCUUUUUCGAAAAUUUGCUUUGUUCAUGUACAUGAUGUUUCGUGCAUUGCUUCCAGAAAUGUUAGAGUAUUAAAGUUGCGGUAAUUCCAAUACAAUUACCAUUGCCAUACUAAACUUUUAGUAUUUUAAAAUUGGUUUCUUGUGGUCACACUGCGGUAGGUAAUAAAAACAAAACAGCUGCUUCGAAUGUGUUGGUAACGCUGAGAAUUCCAACUGUCACACAAUCUCGUAACUUUGUAAUUACGAAAAAAAAAAAAUUCAAAAUGCAAAGACAAAUGGUAAAUCUGCUUGAAAAUGUGGCACGACAGAUGCGCAAUAAUCAACGCGCAUUCUCAGUGACGCCGAAAUGUAGAGAAAUCUUCAAAGUCCAAAGCCCCGAAGAGUUUGACAAGAAGGUGAAGAACAGCCAGGAGCCCGUUAUAGUGGAUUUCUUCGCAACUUGGUGCAAUCCCUGCAAGCUCUUGACGCCGCGCAUCGAGAGCAUUGUGGGCGAGCAGGCAGGCUCCAUAAAACUGGCCAAAGUUGACAUCGAUGAGCACAGUGAGUUAGCACUGGACUACGAUGUGGGUGCUGUGCCCGUUCUUGUGAUCAUGCAAAAUGGAAAGGAAGUACAGCGCAUGGUGGGGCUGCAGGACGAGGACAAAAUACGCGCCUGGGUGGCCACAGCGGUGAAAAACGCAAAGCAAUAGGAGUCCAGACCGAAACAUCAGACAUGUUUUUAAGCUUUAAAUUCUUUUUACUCAAUCUGGGAUUUUCGAAAUAAAUGUUAUUAUUCGUUGCAAACAAA